UUAGAAACGCAACAAUCACACUACAGUGUUUACGUGUGCGCGCACGUGUCUGGGAAGUCCUACACGCUCACGACGCACACAGACUGGCGGCGCGCCCCCGUUUGAAUACCGGCUUGAGCCGGUAACGAGCUGCCAAACCAGACAGGAAAUAAUUCAAAGAAGACAAAAGGCAGAACGAAAUUUCGCUAAAGAAAUAUAUAUUUUUAUUUUAUUUUAUUUUUUCUCCAAAUAGUCUAUUUGUUUUUGGAGGAGCGAAUGAGUUAAAUAUUUAAAUUGUAACAUAUAAACGCCUUUAUAUAUUUUUUUUAAUUGUUAAUUAUUGCUCCGAUCAGACUUGAUGGCUAGAUUUUCUUGCUGGUUUACAUAUAUUAAAAUGAGGACGAAAUAGAAAAGGCGAUUUAUUUAUUUUUUUCACCUCCUUUUCCACUCAACUACCGGCAGCCAGCUGCAGCCAUGAGGGUCCCCGCUGUGCAGCGUUGUUUGGGUCCGAAUGUUUACUCGGAGGUGCCCGAUGGAGGCUGGGGCUGGGCUGUGGCUUCGGCCUUUUUCCUGGUGGAGCUGUGCACCUACGGGACCCUGAAGAGUCUGGGCGUCUUCCUCCAGGACCUGAUGGAGGAGUUCGGCGAGAGCAACAGCCGCGUCUCGUGGGUCAUUUCCAUCUGCGUCUUCAUCUUCACCUUCACUGCUCCUCUGUCCACGAUGCUGAGCAACCGCUUCGGUUAUCGUCCAGUGGUCAUGAUGGGAGGUUUUCUCAUCAGCCUGGGCACCAUCACCUCCGCCUUCACCAACUCCAUCAACGAGAUGUACAUCACCAUCGGAUUCGUCUCAGGCUUCGGCUACUGCCUCGCCUUCCUCCCCACCGUCACCCUCCUAGCCCAGUACUUCUCCAGACGCCGAGCCCUCGUCACCUCCGUCGCUUCCUCGGGAGAAUCCUUCGCCAUCUUUGCGUUUGCUCCAGCCUUCACUAUACUGAAGGGACACAUCGGCUGGCGCUACUGCCUCGUAAUUCUCGGCACCAUUCAGGCGUCGGUGAUCGUCUGCGGCCUCCUCCUCCGUCCAAUCAUCAUCAAGCCAGAGCCUCCGAAGAAGGACGACGAAUCAGACAAAGACUCUCUGUCUCUGAAACGGCUGCAGGCGGUUUACGAGCUGGAGAACGAACAAACCAGGACCUCCAUCAGUUCGGGGGUGUCCCGGGGUUCGGAGGACUCCGGCGUCACCUCCCUGUCCUCCUCAAAUGCCGACCUGAGGGCGGCCGGAGCAGAGGUCAAGGCUCCGGCGGAGCUGGACGUGCAGGACAAAGAGGGUGAAGAGAAGUUGUUGUCCACGGCUCCUGCAGAGAAGGACGGCGUGGAGGGAGCUGAGGUAGAGGCGGGUCCUCUCCAGCCCCCCCGCCACAAGCUCCUGGACUUCUCAGCGCUCAAAGACUGCGCCUUCAUCUGGUACUCGCUCUUCGGCCUGUUCGCCACGCUGGGCUUCUUCGCCCCACAGCUCUACAUCAUCGAGCUGAGCAAGAGCCGAGGCGUGGAGCCCGACAUGGCCUACUACAUGCUCUCUGUGAUGGCCGUGGCCGAGAUCUUCGGCCGCCUGUCCAUCGGCGUGGUGCUGAACCGAGUGCGCUGCAGGAAGACCCUGGUGCUGCUGGUGUGCGUGGUCCUCAUGUGCCUGGACCUGGUGGCCUUCACCGUCGUGUGGGAGUUCUGGGGUCUGGUGGUCUGCUCCGCCCUCUACGGCUACUUCAUGGGCACCGUGGGCUCCACUCACAUCCCCAUGCUGGCUGAAGAGGACGUGGUGGGAAUCCAGAGGAUGCCGUCGUGCGUGGGAGUGUACGUCUUCAUCCAGAGCUUCGCCGGACUCGCUGGGCCACCGCUGGGAGGUGUGUUGGUGGAUCACACUCACAACUACGGGGCCGCUUUCUACUCCUGCGCCGUGGGAAUGGGGCUCAGCGCCAUCUGCCUGGCUAUGGUCGGUCCGGCCAAGUCCGGCACGUGUCUGAGACGGAGAGGAAACAAAGAGAAAGAGGAGACGCUGGAGGAAACGGAGAAAAUGUCUCAGGACAGCGACCAGCUGGACUUCCUGGAGGUGGACUUGGCCCUGGAGGACAGUCCCACGAGACGCGCCGAGGACGACACCUCUGUCAUAUAAGCCCGACAACGACACGACAAACGAGCAAAACAACGGACAAGGACGAAUCCUGAUGGUCGGAGGCUGCUGCUGCCGCUGCUGCUGCUGCUGGACGCACAUCUCAGGUGUCACUCUCACACUUUCCAACAAGCUUGAAACUCACUUCUUCCCAGGAAGGAACCGUCUCUCGUCUGAGACCAAAGACGCAGUGUUACGCACGCAGCCAUUCAACACAAUAGAGUGUACAAUAGAGAGCCAAAGACCUGACCCUGAUGUUUCCACUCAUCACCUCCUUUAAAAUGAGCCCAACGCCACAGCUCCCAUCAAAGAAACCUGCAACUGUUUUCAUCAGACCCUCAGACUCGUCCCAAUGAAUCUCAUGACCGAAUGUUGAGAAAAGACUCCUGGAACCGAACCCCUUCAUGUCGAACGUCGCUGUCACUUGCUGCGUUUCCUUCACCCCUAGAAAUACGCAAAACCUAAAUAUAUCACAAUAAAACAACCGUAAUGAAAUCGGCUACAUUUUGAAAAAAAUUCAAAUAUCUAAAGUUAAAGCACAUAAGCUCUAAUGAGGUGGUUUUACAGAUGUAUCGAUGUAAAAGUGUAUCACAAAAGUGCAAAAGAUGCAUUUCCCCGUCAACCGUCGUCACUGGAAACCACGCAGGGGGUCAUGUGACCAGUUCAUUUGAGAAUUAUGGGAUAUAUAACAAAACGAGACUCAGCUCAUUCGCAAAACACCUUUAAAUGGAAACAUGUAGAAACUUUAUUGAAAUAUCUUUUUUUUUUUUUUUUGGGAACGCAGCUACUGUCGACCCCGCUGCUCAGUGUUUAGACCCAGACCUUCACCAUGUGUCCCUGCAGUCAUUCCCACUGAACACGUUUGUUUUGUCGAUGGACCUUUGACACCUGCCUGUCGUUCUUCUGAAACGUGCGACGAGUUAAAACCCACUUUGUGGCUUUAAAUGUUAAGUAGAGGCUGGAGCACGUGAUGCAUGGACCGUGCUACCGUACGUCUAAGGGGGUCCGGGUCCAGGUGUGUCCCUCUGCUGCUGGAGGUUGUGGGGUUCAUUCAGCCACAAAGCCUCAGCUCCACUCCCACAGCCCUUAAUCCUGCACUGAUCUCCGUGGAUCCUUCUCCUUCGUAUCUGUUGUCACGAUGUAAACUGACACAAACUGAAAAGCAAUGAAUGACGAAACAGUAGAACUUGAUUUACACGUCAAUGCAAACGCUCCUUAAAUACAGCACACGUCACAAAUGUAGAACAAGAGAUGAACAUGUGUGUAUUUAUGUGUGUGCGUGCGCACGUGUAUGUGUGUGUGUGUGUGCGUGUGCGUGUGCAUGUGUGUAGAGGACAGAUAUAAACAGGAGAGUCUAACAUGAAGCACCUCCACAACCUGACUUGAAGCUAGUUCACAAACCUUUUUCCUAAAUCACUGUAUGAUCUUUAUUUAAAGCGUUUUUAACAAUGAUAUCAUUUUAAAAAUUUAUUUUUUAUUUUUUAAUGGAGUGCCAGGCGGGUUCCUGCCUGUUAAGUGCUGUACCACUUUCAUUAUGGAUGUUUUUUUUUCUUCCUUUUUUUAAAAAAAUAAAUAAAUAAAUGCUCCAAACUGA